UCUUACAACUAUCAUCAGAAUGCUCUGGCAUGCAGCCAUGGGAUAUUUCCAGCUGCACUGUUAAAAAUCAGGCCUGUGUUUGAUCAUACAGCGUGUCCUGACUGUACAGCCACCAGUAUAACUCUGCCCUGAGAGUGUCCAGUUACACAUGCACAGAACGACACGGCUUUUAUGAGGGCUAAUAUGCAACAGGUAGUUCAGAGCGUACAUGAAAGCAAACAGUCACAGAAAACAGGGAACUCGCAAAUAAAGGAAAACAGUGAGGGAGGGAGAGCUAGAAGAGUAGAUAUCUAGACACUGAGCAGCAGACUAACUCCGAGAUUGCACGAGGAGACGACUGAAGGGCACAAGAGUGAAGAACAGUUUUGCAUAAAGGACAUUCCCAGAGGAAAUUUGACAUCUCUAUCCUCAGUUUUCAUCUGACUGGAGCUGUUUACUCUGGCAUCGCACUGCAGGCUGUGCUUUAAGCCUGUAUAAUGGCAGAAGCUCAUCAGGCGGUGGCAUUUCAGUUCACCGUCACUCCUGAUGGCAUCGACCUACAGUUGAGUCGAGAAGUUCUCAAACACAUCUACAUAUCUGGAGUGACGUCAUGGAAAAAACGUGCCAUCCGCUUCAAGAACAGUGUUCUGACGGGUGUUUACCCUGCCAGUCCCUCCAGCUGGUUAAUUGUAGUCAUUGCAAUAAUGAGCACCAUGUAUGCCAGGAUCGACCCCUCCAUGGGCACGAUUGAUAAGAUCAAGACAUCUCUACCAGUGAGUGAUUUUAUGACCGUUCAGACUCAGACGGUGUUGAGUGCCAUCCUGUUUGCCACAGGUCUGUGGUUAUCCGUCAUAUUCCUGCUGCGAUGGAUCCUCAAAGCUCUCCUGUCCUAUCAUGCCUGGAUCUUUGAGUCACACGGCAAAAUGAGUUACUCUACUAAAGUCUGGCUGAGCCUUGUAAAGCUGCUGUCUGGACGUCGGCCGCUCCUUUACAGCUUUCAGGGAUCUCUGCCACAUCUGCCUGUACCGAGUAUUGACGACACAAUCAGAAGGUAUCUAGAAUCAGUUCGACCUCUUCUGGAUGAUGAGCAGUAUAAACAGAUGGAGACGGUUGCUAAUGACUUCAAAAAGGAUCCUGCACCCAAAUUACAAAAACACCUAAAGCUCAAAUCCUGGUGGGCCACGAAUUAUGUGAGUGACUGGUGGGAGGAGUAUAUCUACCUCAGAGGACGAGACCCCAUCAUGGUCAACAGCAACUUCUACACUAUGGAUCUGCUGUAUGUAAUCCCCACAUAUCGACAGGCUGCACGCGCAGGAAAUGUAGUUCAUGCUAUGCUGCAGUUUCGCCGUAAGCUGGAGCGAGGAGAGCUUACCCCGCUGAGAGCUCUUGGGAUUGUCCCGAUGUGCUCUUUUCAGUACGAGAGGAUGUUCAACACCACUCGUAUCCCUGGCAUUGAGACUGAUUUUGUGCAGCAUCUGAAGGACAGAAAGCACUUGGUUGUGUACCAUCGAGGCCGUUUCUUUAAGGUCUGGCUGUACUACGGCGGUCGCCACCUUUUGCCCUCAGAGCUGGAGCUCCAGUUUCAAAGAAUCCUGGAUGACAAGUCUGAACCUCAACCUGGAGAGCUCAAGCUGCCUUCACUGACUGCUGGAAACAGAGUUCCUUGGGCCAGGGCUCGUUUGAAGUAUUUUAGGGAGGGUGUCAACCAUGCAGCACUGGAGGCCAUUGAAACGGCUGCCUUUUUUCUGACCCUGGAUGAUGAAGCGCAUGGAUACGAUCCGGAGAAUAUACGGUCCUUAGACCUCUACGCCAAAUCUCUACUGCAUGGAAAGUGCUAUGACAGGUGGUUUGAUAAAUCCUUCAAUUUGAUUGUGUACAAGAAUGGCAAAAUGGGUGUCAACACUGAGCAUUCAUGGGCUGACUCUCCUAUCAUUGGACACAUGUGGGAGUACAUUUUAGCCACAGAUUGUUUCCACCUGGGAUAUACAGCAGAGGGACAUUGCAAAGGAGACGUCAACAAAACCCUUGUACCGCCUACCAGGCUACAGUGGGACAUCCCAAAAGCGUGCCAGGAGAUUAUCGAAGGCUCCUAUAUGAUUGCAAAGGGAAUCGCUGAUGAUGUGGAUUUCCACGGCUGCUUGUUUAAUGAGUUUGGGAAGGGCCUGAUAAAGAAAUGCAGAACAAGUCCGGAUGCUUUUAUCCAGCUGGCACUGCAACUAGCUCAAUAUAGGGACAAGGGUGAGUUUUGUCUGACUUACGAAUCCUCCAUGACCCGAAUGUUUCGCGAGGGCCGGACGGAAACUGUGCGCUCGUGCACUUGCGAGUCUACAGCAUUUGUAAGAGCAAUGGAGGAUUGAAAAAACCACGAAUGAGCACAGGUUAGCGCUCUUCAAAGAAGCAGCAGAGAAGCAUCAGAACAUGUACCGUCUGGCCAUGACAGGAGCUGGGAUCGACCGC